UAUUCUUUUCACUUGUUUCCCGAUAAAAUCUCGAACUUUCUCAAAACUCUCCAACUUCCCCAAUCCUUCUCUUCUCGUUUCAGAUCUCUCAGCCCUAAUUCCUCUCAAUUCGAUCGAACUACUUCGAUCGAUUCUCUUCAAAUCAUUCGACUCUCUUCUUUAUUGCAAGAAAAUGGUAGUCAUUGAACCAGCGUCGAAAUCCGUGGAGGAGGAAUCCGUACAAGGUCGUGCAAAUGCUAGAAUUCCAGAAGCUUCUCUGACUCCGACAGAAGAAGGGUUUGAAACUGCUAGCGAUGGUGAAGGAGGGAGUGACAAUGGGGACGGCCCGCCUCCACUGACUGCUAUAUCAAGAGAUGAUUCCUAUGAAGACGCGUUGAACGAUGAGCAGUUGAAGCAGAAAGCCUUAACUCAAGCGAAUGAUGCGAAAGAGGAAGGCAAUAAACUGUUCCGUGCUGGGCAGUAUGAAGAUGCUUUACAACAAUAUGAACUUGCUUUACAACUUGCACCUGAAAUGACGUCGUCCAUGGAAAUUCGUUCAAUAUGUCAUGCAAACUCUGCUGCAUGCUUCUCAAAACUGGAGAGAUAUGAUGACACAAUUAAGCAAUGCACAAAAGCGUUGGAGUUGAAUCCUAACUAUACGAAGGUUCUGGUUAGAAGAGGAGAAACACAUGAAAAGCUCGAGCACUUUGAAGAAGCGAUUGCAGACAUGAAAAAGAUCUUGGAGUUGGAUCCAUCGAAUGUGCAAGCUAGACGAGUCAUACAACGGUUGGAGCCUUUGGCAGCAGAAAAGCGAGAAAAGAUGAAGGAAGAGAUGAUUGGGAAGCUGAAGGAGAUGGGGAACUCAUUGUUAGGCCGCUUUGGUAUGAGCGUUGACAACUUCAAAGCCGUUAAGGAUCCGAAUACUGGAUCCUAUUCUAUCUCAUUCCAACGUUAGUAAAUUGUAUGGACAUCCUUUCUCAACAGGAAAAAAAAAAAAAAAAAAAGGGAAACUAGAAGCAAGAGAGUGGAAGCAGUCAUUUUGUGUUUUCCCCUACUUUGUUGGUAGAUUGCAGUAAUUGAAGAGAUGUGCAUUGUUUAUAUAUGAAACUGGGAAAAGAGACUGAAAUCGAUGAGUAUUUUUCUUGUAAAUGUGUUGACGUGAUGUUGUGAAAACCAAUUUAAGAACAAAAAAUAUAUAAUCUGACUGGUAUUAGCCUUGUAACACUUGACCCCAAUUGAUGGUAUAAAGGCCAGAGGAGUCGAGUGGUCUUGGUCGCUACUGGCUUGAGUUAAAUCUUCUCAGA